CCCGCGGUGACGUCAUUCCCCCUCGCCCGUCAAAAUGGCCGCACAAUCGAUCGUGCUUCCACCGACGAAUACGUUUCUCUGUCUCAAACGUCCGCAAAUAAUGUCCAAAUCCAGUGUCGACGCCGGCAAAACGGGUGUUUAGAACGGGCUGGACGUCUUCGCACCGGUCACCGGCGUUUCCAAAGGCAUACGGAUUUUCAGCUUAUGAUCUGUUUUGCUCAGAUUAACAUGACUGAAGUGCUGAAAGCUAGUGAACUAAGGGUCCCAAUGCCACCAGAAAAUAUGAGCAUAAACAGAGAUCGAAGUGAACAUCACCAGAAUAUGGACGGACCACCUCAACCCGCACAUGCUCAUUUUACCCCUCCGACUUCAGUGUCCGAUCUUGAAUUAUUGCAGCAUAGAGUCAAUUGGGGUACGUUCAGCGACCCUACAAAAGUAUGCUCUAGUCUUAUGUUACAACUUGGAGGAGCUGCAGCUGCUGUUGGCACAGGUCAAGGGGGAUCAUCUGGUAAUAAUCAGACUAAUGGAAACAAUGAACGCCGUACACACAUCACGGGCUCCAGUCUCAUGUUGCAACUUGGAGGAGCCGCAGUGGCUACUGCACCCAGUAGUGCAACUGGCGGUACUCAAAUUACUGGUACAAGUGGUGAACGCAGAACACACAUUACGGACUCUCCAUUCCAUUGCGACAUUUGUGGGAAAUAUUUUUCUCGAAAAGAUCAUUUCAAGAACCACGUUAUGUGGCAUACAGGUGAAACGCCACAUAGAUGCGAUUAUUGUGCCAAAACUUUUACACGCAAAGAGCAUUUAGUCAACCACGUCAGACAACAUACCGGUGGUAUACAAAACGCUGCCGAAUAUUCUAUGAACAUGGAGCCUGGUCCUUCUACUUAUCGUGAAACUCCUCACCACUGCAAUUACUGCCCAAAAUCAUUCACGCGUAAAGAUCACAUGGUUUACCACGAGCGUCAACACACAGGGGAAACGCCGUUCCCGUGCCAGUACUGUCCAAAGGCGUUCACGCGUAAGGAUCACUUGGUCAACCAUGUCAGGCGGCACACCGGCGAGUCACCACACAAAUGCACUUACUGUUUAAAAGUGUUUACCAGAAAGGAGCAUCUGACCAACCACAUUCGCCAGCAUACGGGUGAAACACCUCACCACUGCAAUUACUGCUCGAAAUCAUUCACGCGUAAAGAUCACAUGGUUUACCACGAGCGUCAACACACAGGAGAAACGCCGUUCCCGUGCCAGUACUGUCCAAAGGCAUUCACACGUAAAGAUCAUCUGGUCAACCACAUCAGGCGGCACACGGGCGAGUCGCCGCACAAAUGUACUUUCUGCAUGAAGUCAUUUACUAGAAAAGAGAACCUGACCAACCACAUCCGUCAGCACACUGGCGAGUCGCCACACGCUUGCGAAUUCUGUAAUCGAACCUUUGCACGCAAAGAACAUUUGAAACGUCACGUGCGCCAGCACGCGCCAGGGGCAGAGUACAAUUGUAUCAUCUGCUCCGAGGUGUUCUCUGCCAAGGAACCAUUGCUCGAACACAUGUUGACCCAUCCCCGCGAUUGUCCGUACGUGUGCACCGACUGCGGCAAGGCAUUCCGCCUCAAGGGCAACCUCCUGUUCCACCAGAGGUCCCAUCAGAAGGGCAUGCCGGCCGAUCGUCCGUUCCGUUGUGAUCUGUGCCCUAAGGAUUUCAUGUGCAAAGGGCACUUGGUGUCGCAUCGGCGCAGUCACACUAACACUAAACAACAAUUCCAAUCUGGACAGUUUUCAAAAGACCAUGGAACCAAUGCCUCAUUCAUGUUGAAACAUUUGAUGAAGCAAGAAAAUGUAUCGGAAAUGAUCGGCCUGCAUCAGCCCCAUCCAAUGCCCCAGCAUUCUGUCAGCGUCGGCACACAAGUUGGGCUGCCCGUUCUUCCUCCGCCUCCAAAUCUCCAUCUUCCCCCACCAACCGCCGCUAGCCUCUUGGCCGCAGUCACGUAAAUUUCUUGUAGUUCGAACACGACAAAUUUAUUAUUUCCGAUUCCGUUCUGUUUAUUUUCAUCAUCAUACAAAUUUUAUUUUAUUUCUAAUCCAAUUCUCGUCAUUAAUUUUUAUUUAGUUUUGUUUUUAAAUUUUUAUUUUAUUAUUGACUUGAUUUUAGUAUUUUAUUUUCCCAAAACAAUUAUUUUGCUAAAUGUAUUGUUUUUAUUUAAACAUUUUAUUGAUUAUUACUACAUUUACAAAAUGUAUUUGAUUUCUAAUCACAAAUUUGAGCAACGAACCCAUUUCGUUUAUUGUCUUGUAUUUGUUGGCAGUUACAAUGGCUUAAUUUGUUAUUACGUGCGCGCAAAUAAUGGUGUAGAGCAUAUAUAAGUAGACAUUUACUAAUGAUGAUCUCAAUUAAGUCUUUAAUGUUAGAGAAGUACUGAACAUAUUUAUCAGCCUGUUCUCUUUGACAGUGAUACUAUUGUACUUUUGCUUCUGGAAUACUACGCCUUGGAAGCACAAAAGAUAUAGAGUAUGCUAAAAAGUUUUUUUUUAAAACUACAAAAAAAAAAAAUGAGAUUGAUUGCAAAAAUAUUUUAGUCAAAUGUAUUUUGAGUUUUUUACCAAUUAUUAAAUAAUGUGUAUUAUUAUUUAAAACAAAACUUAUUUUAGUAAACUAUUCACUUCAAAUGUUUUAGUCGACAUUGUUGAAGUGACUUGUAUAAUAUUACUUAACUCUAUAUGUAGAUGAAUAUUACCAACGUAUUUUAGAAUAUCUUUAAUACAGUUUUAUAAGUUUUUUUUUUUGUUAUUUUACUUCUUAAGUUAAUACUUGAGCUGUAAUUUUCUAUUUAACUUCACAUUAUUUAUUAGGUACUUGACACUACUGUUUUUUUUUAAAUUUUGUAGUUAACACUUUUAUAAACAAAUUAGAAUAAAUAAUAUAUUUUAUCAACUUUUAAAAUAACUUUAUCUGUAAUUAGAUUAUUGCAACUAUUUAUUAUAAUGAUAACAAUUUCAUUAUGAGCAUAUUAGUUCCUUAUAUAUUUAUGUAUCGAGAAUUAGUAUUUAAACGUAAUACUUUGUUGUUUUUUUUUUUUUACUUUGUAUGUGCUUCUGGGGCCUAGGUAGGUAUGUCUGGUGUUUGAAAGAGAAUACAUGUCUUGGUAGCUAUUUAAAUGAAAAUAAUUAAAACGCUAAAGUAGGCUUUAAUCGGUCAAGUUUUAUUAUGAUAGCCAUUGAUAAUUGAUAGGUUCCUCUCCACAAGAGGAGAACUUUUUUUAACAAUUGAUUUUUACAUUGCUUUCAUUGUAAAUGUAGUAAUGUUUAUUUAUUUUUAUUUUUUUUAAUUACUCAACAGUUUAUCUUCUUUUUUUUUGUUGUUUUAAUUUGAAUUUAUAUAUAAGUAUGAUUUGCCAUGGUUUUCGCGUGUAAUGAAAUAUUUUACCUGUAUCACAUGAAUUCAAACAUUAUCGUAAUUUUUUGUAGCCAUUUUGAAUAUUUUAAAACAAUUAAAUUAAAUAAUAUGUUAACUAAAUCUAAAGUGUGUGAGCGUGCCCUAUGUAUAGAAUAUAAUAUGAUGUAUAAUUAUUAAUCAAUAUUAGUUUUAGAUUUAGAAGUUUAACAUUAUUAUGUAUUCUUAUUCGCCUAAAUCUCUCACAAACGAGAUUAAUAGAUAAAUCAUUGGUGUAUUACAUAUUAUGUAUAUAUAAAUACAUACAUACAUGUAUAUUAUAUAUAUUAAAUAAUAUUAGUAUAUUUUUUUAUGCUAAAUCAUUGUUACCAGUGUAGUCAUUGUAAUAUGUGUUACAUUGGACAUAAUAAUAUUAUGUUAUGAUAUUUAAUGUUAAUAACAUAAACGUAAAAAAACCAUGCCAUUAUAUUAUAUUGUAAAUACUUCACAUUUAUUCUAGUAAUAAUUCACUUAAAUUUUUUUUUAGAUAAGUAAAAUUAUUUUAGAGUUUUCAAAAAAUAAUCACAUCAUAAUAUGGUGCAAUAUUAGACAACAUUAAAAUUAUAUUAGUUUUCGUGUAUAUAUAUUUUUUUUCGCCUUGUAUAAACUAAAUAAAUGCAAUUUUAUUACCAUAUUUAUAAUUCGUUUUAAACGCGAAAUCAGUUGCAAAAUAUACAAAAUAAAUUUGCCAUAAACAAAAUACAAAUAAAUCUUUUUGCAGUCUAUCUUGUUUUCAACAGUCGUAAAUGCCUAAUAUAGCUUUUAGGAUUAAAAUUCACUAUAGAAAAUAGACUGAUUAAUUCGUUUUUCAUUAGUAUGAUUAGAAUAAUAUUUAUCUACAAAACUAAACUUAAACUGUGUGCGUUAUGAAUUUUUAAUUAUUUCAUUAUGUUUAUAAAAUAUAGAAUAACACUUAAUAUUAGUAUUGUCGUAUUAUGUAAAUAAUAUUUAAACAAUUAUUUUAAUGUUAUAUUGUUAAUCUUAAAGGAGAAUUAGAUUUUAAUAAAUAUUUCAUUUAGGAGCGUAGGGCUUGUGGCUGUCAAAAUAAUUUUUGGCUACGUUUUACAUAAUACUGUAAGGAAAGAUGAUGAUAUGUAAUGAACUUUUUUAUUUAUUAUUCAUUAUUAUCAUUAUUACUGAAAUAAUGUACUUGGUUUACCAAAUUUUCUUUCCAAGUUUUGCGUCAGCCACAUGCACUAUAAUAAGUAGGAUUUAGUUUUAAAUUAAUUAUUUUUACAAUUUAUAUUCCGUUUUUGU